AUGACUCCCAGUGCUCCUCGCAAGAGGAUCUUCUCUUCGUAUUCCAAUCCGUUCCGCAAAGAAAAGCCGCUGGGCAUGAAGCCCGCGCGCCCCAUCGAUGAAGAAAUUCAAGACUUGCAGUCCCGCACACCAGGAAAUCUAUCCAUCAGACACAACCCCUCACGCAUUCGGAACCGCCUUAAACGCCUCCGUAUAGUGCAGGAGGUCCGUGACCAGAAGCUCAGAGUUAAGCGAGAGCUCCACAGGCGACGGGAUGAGCAAGAGGCACAAUUGAGGGCCGAAGGAAAAGAUAUUACUUCUCUCCGCAAGCCACGCUUGACAUUGGAUUCCAAGCGUGACGAGGAUGCAACGAUGACUGCACAUGCAAAGGAGGUCGUUGCAGAGGAGCUGGUGCAUGCAGAAACCCUGGACGAGUUUGGCGAGUACUUCGACGGCACUCGCAUAGUCAAGGUAGCCAUAACUACGUCUGUUGGCUGCAAGAACAAGGGAACACUGCAGUUUAUCGACGAUUUUAUCAAGGUGCUGGGAGGCGUCAUAUCCUAUAUCCCCCGCGAAGAGCUCCAGAUUCGGCAGCUUGCAGUUAGGCUAAUAGACGAGGGGUUUACCAGCGUUAUCAUUGUGCAUGAAGAUAGAGAUAUUAUAACUCACAUGAUGAUGAUGGCUCUUCCUGCAGGGCCCACGGCGUGGUUCAGAAUGACUAACGUCUACACCCACAAGGAGCUCGUGGGAUCUGGAGUUCCUAUCCCUGACUGCCCACCCGAGGUGAUCAUGAAUAACUUCAAGACGCGCCUAGGCCGCCGCGUGGGCCGUAUGAUUCAAUCCAUGCUUAGCCGUGAGGAGCACCUGCGGGCGCGCCAGGUUAUCACGUUUCAUAAUCAGCGCGACUUUAUCUUCUUCAGGGCCUACAGAUACAUCUUUGAAAACAAGGACAAGAAGGACCCCACGUCUGAGGUUAUCGUCCGUAUGCACGAGUUGGGACCGCAGUUUACUCUGAAGUUAAAAUGGUUGCAAAAAGGGCUAUUCGACCCGCAUAACGAGGAGUACGAGUGGUUCUACAAACCGGAAAUGGACCACCAUAGCAGAACCCGCUUCUUCUUGUAA